AUGUCAGGGUAUUCAGAAGAGUUCAAGACAGGACCAGCAGCGCCCGCCUACGAUGAGAUCUUACCCUCUCGACAAGGCCAAGAUGUUCGCCACGCUUCCUCUCGAAUGCCUUGGUGGAAUCCUAGGUACUGGAGAAAGGGCAUCUGGGCUGCUGUUAUUCUGGCCUUCGUUGUUGUCUUGAUCAUCGUCAUCGCUGUUUCGGUCACGAAAGUGAAGGAGAAUAGAUAUCCCGAUUACUCGCCGUUGUCAUAUAGCUUGGCAGAUACCUAUGGAGGUGAAUCCUUCUACGAUCAGUUCAACUACUUCACAGGAUACGACCCCACCCAAGGCUUUGUUCAUUACGUCCCACGGGAGCAAGCACAGGCUCUUAACUUGACCUCUGUUUCUGCUGACUCUGCUUUCCUGAGAGUUGACACUUCUGUUGACCCCAACUCGGAGCCCAAUGCGUCAACAGGUCGCUUCUCUGUUCGAGUCGUGUCCAAAAAGACAUAUGACAGCGGCCUCUUCAUCUUUGACAUCAAGCAUACUCCCUACGGCUGUGGCACCUGGCCUGCUCUUUGGCUCACUGAUCCUUCAAACUGGCCAGAAAAUGGUGAGAUUGACAUCAUGGAAGCAACCAACAAGGCAGACACUGGAAAUCAGAUGACGCUACACACUACUAAGGGUUGUUCCAUGGACGUGCGUCGCAAAAGUACAGGUGAAAUCCUACAAAAGAACUGCAAUCACGAAUUGAACGACAACGAUGGUUGUGGUGUCAGGUCGAACGCUGAUGGAUACGGCACUGGUUUCAACAAAAACGGGGGAGGUAUCAUGGCUGUGGAAUGGCGAAAGGAAGGUAUCCGCAUGUGGCAGUUCGCCAGGAACUCAAUUCCAUCCGACAUCAAGUCAAACAAACCCGCUCCCAGUACUUGGGGUAUUGCCGUCGCCGAUUUCCCCAGUACAGACUGCGAUAUUGGUUCUCACUUCAAGAACCAAAGUAUCAUUGCCAACAUCGACCUGUGCGGUAGUCUGGUGUCCCAUGUUUGGGCUGACUCCGGGUGUCCUGGUGACUGCAAGAGCCUCGUUGCUAACAAUCCCGAGGCAUUCAAUAAUGCCUACUGGGAGUUUGGUUCUUUCCAAGUGUACCAAGCCAAGUAA